GCAGUAGCUGCGGAGCCAUGGCCGCCGACGCGCGGCCUUCGGGGGUCCGCGCUGGCGGUGGCGGCCGGGGCGCGUCAGGGCCCACGACGAGCUCCCGCGCGCUGCAGCCACCGCUCCCGCCUCUCUCCUUUCUUUUUUUGUUGUUGGUGGCGGCGCCCGGCGCUCGGGCCGCGGGAUACGAGACAUGCCCUGUGGUGCAUCCGGACAUGCUCAACGUGCACCUGGUGGCCCACACGCAUGACGACGUGGGCUGGCUCAAGACUGUGGACCAGUACUUUUAUGGCAUCCAGAAUGACGUCCAGCAUGCGGGUGUGCAGUACAUCCUAGACUCAGUCAUCUCUUCCCUGCUGAUGGAGCCCACCCGCCGAUUCAUCUAUGUGGAGAUUGCCUUCUUCUCCCGUUGGUGGCACCAGCAGACAAAUGCAACACAGGAAGUUGUGCGGGACCUGGUGCGCCAGGGACGCCUGGAGUUUGCCAACGGUGGCUGGGUGAUGAACGAUGAGGCAGCCACCCACUACGGAGCCAUCAUAGACCAGAUGACCCUUGGGUUGCGCUUUCUGGAAAACACAUUUGGCAAAGAUGGGCGCCCCCGUGUGGCUUGGCACAUUGAUCCCUUUGGUCACUCUCGGGAGCAGGCCUCGCUGUUUGCACAGAUGGGCUUUGAUGGCUUCUUCUUCGGGCGUCUGGAUUAUCAAGAUAAGGAGGUGCGGAAGAAGAAGCAAGAGAUGGAGCAGGUUUGGCGGGCUAGCGCCAGCCUAGAGCCCCCAGUAGCCGACCUCUUUACCAGUGUGCUCCCCAAUAUUUACAACCCACCGGAGAAACUGUGCUGGGACACGCUGUGUGCUGACAAGCCCUUUGUGGAGGACCCGCGCAGCCCCGAGUACAAUGCCAAGGAGUUGGUCGAUUACUUCCUGCAGUUGGCUACUGCCCAGGGCCGGUACUACCGCACCAACCACACCAUAAUGACCAUGGGCUCAGACUUCCAGUAUGAGAAUGCCAACAUGUGGUUCAAGAACCUUGACCGGCUCAUCCAGCUGGUCAACGCUCAGCAGGCCAACGGGAGCCGCGUCAAUGUUCUCUACUCCACUCCCGCCUGUUACCUCUGGGAGCUGAACAAGGCCAACCUCACCUGGUCCGUAAAACAAGAUGACUUCUUUCCCUACGCCGACGGCCCCCACAAGUUCUGGACCGGCUACUUUUCCAGCCGGCCGGCCCUCAAACGCUAUGAGCGCCUCAGCUACAACUUUCUGCAGGUGUGCAACCAGCUGGAGGCACUGGCGGGUCCGGCGGCCAACGUGGGGCCCUAUGGCUCAGGAGACAGUGCACCCCUCAAUGAGGCGAUGGCAGUGCUCCAGCAUCACGACGCGGUCAGCGGCACCUCCCGGCAGCACGUGGCCAACGACUACGCGCGCCAGCUAGCAGCAGGCUGGGGGCCCUGCGAGGUUCUCCUGAGCAAUGCGCUCGCGCGGCUCAGCGGCUCCAAGGAGGACUUCACGUACUGCCGCAACCUCAACAUCAGUGUCUGUCCACUCAGCCAGACUGCUAAGAGCUUCCAAGUGACCAUUUAUAACCCCUUGGGGCGGAAAGUGGAUUGGAUGGUGCGGCUGCCAGUCAGCGACCACAUUUUCGACGUGAGGGACCCGAAUGGCACAAUUGUGCCCAGCGAUGUGGUGAGACUUCCUAGCUCAGAUAGUUCGGAGCUGCUUUUCUCGGCCUCCGUGCCUGCCCUGGGCUUCAGCGUCUACUCAGUAACCCAGGUGCCUGGGCGGAGCCCCAACGCCCACAACCGCCAGCCCAGAUCCCAGAAGUCCUGGUCCCAUGGCUUGGCCAUCCAAAAUGAGUACCUCCGGGCUAGGUUUGACCCUGACACGGGACUCUUGGUGGAGUUGGAGAACCUGGACCAGAACCUCCUGCUGCCUGUUCGCCAAGCCUUCUACUGGUACAACGCCAGUGUAGGCAACGACCUAAGCAGCCAGGUCUCAGGUGCCUACAUCUUCAGACCCAACCGCCAGGAACCAUUGAUCGUGAGCCACUGGGCUCAAACGCACGUGGUGAAGACACCCUUGGUGCAGGAGGUGCACCAGAACUUCUCAGCCUGGUGUUCCCAGGUGGUUCGUCUGUACCCAGGACAGCGGCACCUGGAGCUGGAGUGGACAGUGGGACCAAUACCUGUGGGUGACGGCUGGGGGAAGGAGAUCAUCAGUCGCUUUGACACUGGGCUGGAGACAAAAGGACUCUUCUACACAGACAGCAAUGGCCGGGAGAUCCUGGAGAGGAGGCGGGAUUAUCGACCCACCUGGAAGCUGAACCAGACUGAGCCAGUGGCAGGCAAUUACUAUCCAGUCAACAGCCGCAUUUACAUCAGGGAUGGCAAGGUGCAGCUGGCUGUGCUGACUGACCGCUCCCAGGGGGGCAGCAGCCUGAAGGACGGCUCCAUGGAGCUCAUGGUGCACCGAAGGCUUCUGAAAGACGAUGGACGUGGAGUAGGGGAGCCCCUGCUGGAGGAGGGGUUGGGGCUGUGGGUGCGAGGGCGCCACCUCGUGCUGCUGGACAAGGCUCCGACCGCGGCCACCGGGCACCGGUUGCAGGCAGAGAGAGAGCUGCUGGCCCCGCAGGUGGUGCUGGCCCCCGGUGGCGGCGCUCCCUACCACCCGGGAGUCGCCCCGCGCAAGCAGUUCUCAGGGCUCCACCGGGAGCUGCCUCCCUCGGUGCAUCUGCUCACACUGGCCCGCUGGGACAGGACAACGCUUCUUCUGCGCUUGGAGCACCAGUUCGCUGUAGGAGAGGGCUCUGGCAACCUAAGCUCCCCGGUGACCUUGGAUUUGAGGGACCUGUUCUCUGCCUUCACCAUCACGUACCUGCAGGAGACCACGCUGGCGGCCAACCAGCUCCGGGCCAGCGCUUCCAGGCUCAAGUGGACGCCAGCCACGGGCCCCACAGCCCAGCCCUCUCCCUCUGGGCUGGACCCUGUCACCAUCACGCUGCAGCCCAUGGAAAUCCGCACCUUCCUGGCCUUGGUCCAGUGGAAAGAGCAUGGCUAGAUAUGCUGGGGGCAGGCCCACUCUCCCCCUCCUGCUGCUGCUGCUGCCACCAACAAAAGCCAUUAAAAUGCCACUACCAAGACUUG